CAAGGACCACCGAUUAGAUAUUGUCGUUGUAAACAAUGAUACUGGUACCAUUGAUAUUCUUGUUGGACGUUACGAAGGCUUUCAAAAUCAAAUAGGAUAUUCAGUUGGCUCUUUUCCAUCAUCUGUAGCUAUUGGUGAUGUUAACAACGACACUCUACUAGAUAUCGUUGUUGCCAAUUCGUGGAGCAAUGAUGUGAGUAUCCUUCUUGGGUAUGGAAACGGUUCUUUUGAAAAUCAAACAUGGUAUUCAGUUGGCUCUUAUCCACAAUCUGUAGCUAUUGGUGAUGUCAACAAUGACACUCGACUAGAUAUCGUUGUCGCCAAUUCGGAGAGCAAUGAUGUGAGUGUCCUUCUUGGAUAUGGAAACGGUUCUUUUGAAAAUCAAAAAAGAUAUUCAGUUGGCUCUAAUCCAACAUCUGUAGCUAUUGGUGAUGUCAACAAUGACACUCGACUAGAUAUCGUUGUUGCCAAUGCGGGUAGCAAUGAUGUGAGUGUUCUUCUUGGAUAUGGAAACGGUUCUUUUGAAAAUCAAAUAAAGUAUUCAGUUGGCUCUUUUCCACGAUCUGUAUCUAUUGGUGAUGUCAACAACGACACUCGACUAGAUAUCGUUGUUGCCAAUUCGUGGAGCAAUGAUGUGAGUGUCCUUCUUGGAUAUGGAAAUGGUUCUUUUGAAAAUCAAACAAGAUAUUCAGUUGGCUCUUCUCCACAAUCUGUAUCUAUUGGUGAUGUCAACAAUGACACUCGACUAGAUAUCGUUGUUGCCAAUGUGGGUAAUAAUGAUGUGAGUGUCCUUCUUGGAUAUGGAAACGGUUCUUUUGAAAAUCAACAAAGAUAUUCAGUUGGUUCUUCUCCAUCAUCUGUAGCUAUUGGUGAUGUUAACAACGACACUCGACUAGAUAUCGUUGUUGCCAAUGUGGAUACCAAUGAUGUGAGUGUCCUUCUUGGAUAUGGAAACGGUUCUUUUGAAAAUCAAACAAGGUAUUCAGCUAGCUCUUCUCCAUCUUCUGUAGCUAUUGGUGAUGUCAACAACGACACUCGACUAGAUAUCGUUGUCCCCAAUAUGAAUAGGGAUGAUAUGAGUGUCCUGCUGCAAUAUAACAGAGGAGCGAUUACAUAUGAAAUGAGCUUGGCACCUGGUGGUGGUUCUAGCCUACGAUGUGUAGUCAUUGGUGAUUUGAACAAUGACACUAAUCUGGAUAUCGUCUUAGCUAAUUACGGCACUAAUAAUUUAGGUGUUCUUUUCGGAUACGGGAAUGGUAGUUUUGAAAAUCAAAUGAUGCUCAGCACUGGCAUGAAUUCUCAUCCGAUUUCUAUCGCAGUUGGAGACUUCAAUGGUGACCGUGAAGUGGAUAUUGCUGUGGCCAAUCAUGGUACAAAGCAUGUAGAUAUGAUGCUUGGAAAUGGACAGGGAAAAUUUGCAAUUCAAACAAGUUAUGAAAUUGGCUUUGAUACACCUCCGUUAGUUAUGGUUUCUGGUGAUUUUAACAAUGACGCACGAUCGGAGAUCGCUGUCACUUACGAUGGACGUGAUCAUGUGGAUAUCUUUGUUGCGUAUAAUCAUGGUUCUUUUGAAACUGGAACAAGGUAUUCAGUUGGCUCUCGGCCACAAUCUGUAUCUAUUGGUGAUGUCAACAACGACACUCGACUAGAUAUCGUUGUCGCCAAUUGGGAGAGCAAUGAUGUGAUUAUCCUUCUUGGAUAUGGAAAUGGUUCUUUUGAAAAUCAAACAAGGUAUUCAGUUGGCUCUUCUCCACGAUCUGUAACUAUUGGUGAUGUCAACAAUGACACUCGACUAGAUAUCAUUGUCGCCAAUGGGGGUAGCAAUGAUGUGAGUAUCCUUCUUGGAUAUGGAAACGGUUCUUUUGAAAAUCAAACAAAAUAUUCAGUUGGCUUUUAUCCAUCAUCUGUAGCUAUUGGUGAUGUCAACAAUGACACUCGACUAGAUAUCGUUGUUGCCAAUACGGGUAAGGAUGAUGUGAGUAUCCUUCUUGGAUAUGGAAACGGUUCUUUUGAAACUGAAACAAGAUAUUCAGUUGGUUCUUCUCCAUCAUCUGUAUCUAUUGGUGAUGUUAACAACGACACUCGACUAGAUAUCGUUGUCGCCAAUUGGUUGAGCGAUGAUGUGAGUGUCCUUCUUGGAUAUGGAAACGGUUCUUUUGAAAAUCAAACAAGGUAUUCAGCUAGCUCUUCUCCAUCUUCUGUAGCUAUUGGUGAUUUCAACAAUGACACUCGACUAGAUAUCGUUGUUGUCAAUGUGCGCGGCAAUGAUGUGAGUGUCCUUCUUGGCUAUGACAAUAUAGUCUUUGUAAAGAAAAUGAUACUAGUAACUGGAAAUGAUUCGCGACCACAGUCAUUAGUUAUUAGCGAUUUUAACAAUGAUGAUCUAAUGGAUAUUGGCGUCAUUAAUACAUGCACCCACAAUAUUGAUAUUUUUCUUGGGUAUGGAAAUAUCUCUUUUGCAAAUCAAAUGACAUAUUCAACACACCCAUAUUUAUCUCCAUGCUCUAUGGCUGUCGGUGAUUUCAACAAUGAUAGUCGAGUGGAUAUCGUCUUUGUUAGUUGUAAAUCGAACAGUGUUGGUAUUAUUCUUGGAUAUGGGAAUGGUUCUUUUGGAAAUCAAAUGAUGUAUUCAAUAAGCUCAAGUUCGUCUCGAUAUUCUUUAGCUGUAAAUGACAUUAAUAACGACACUAUACAAGACAUUGUCGUCGCGAAUUAUGAUGCCAAUUAUCUAGAUGUACUUGUUGGACAUGGCGACGGCACUUUCGAAAGCAUUAUGCUAGUUCAGUUGGGCUAUGGUUCCAAUCCAUUCUUCAUUGCCAUUGGAGAUUUCAAUAAUGAUAAAAAACUAGAUUUUGUCGUCGCCAAUAAUGGUACUGACAGUUUAAAUAUUCUCUUGCAGACUUGUUAAUAAUUUUAUCUUGUACUUUAUAUUUUUCUAUCACUUACUUAUUUCGUAUGCUCUCAUAUUUAAUAGAAUCAUAGUUGAAAUAUUCAAAUUUUUCUUGGUGUGAAAGAUGAGUGUGGAAAGCUUGAGUUUGGUUGUGGAUUCCUGAUGAUGAAAGCCUUAGUGUAUGGUUGAGAGUAUGAAUGAUUGUCUGCCAGUAUUGAUCUGAUUGUAGUAGAAAAGCGUCUAGAUCCAUACUCGCAUACCACAAAAAUGGUUUUUUUUGUAUCAAUGACAAGUGUCAUGAUGAAACCUAUCGCAACGAUGAAAUUGAUUACUACGUCGAAUAUUCAAGUUUAUCGAGCUUUUUAAGAACCAUUGUCUCGUGAAAUGCAAUCGUACUGUAUGUACUUAGAGAUCAACUCUUGCUUCAUAGUAACCUAGUUCAGUGUGAUUCUAUGAAUAUCAUCAAAUUACUAUCAUCUAUUAGUUACAUUCCUUGCUUGCUAAUGAUGAUUAUCAAUACCAUAAUGUCAAUAUGUGCAAGAGAAACGAUAGUUUCUUGGGUGUGGGAAAUUAAAAGUUCAACCUGCAGUUAUGUUCACUGAAGGAUGUUUGUGUGGAUACCGAAUGGUGGAUGAGAUUCUUCACCACACCCGCUAAUCCAUGCACAAUUGAACAUCGAUCAAUUUCAGUGAUGAUCACGUUGUUCUGUUGAAUAAUAUAGGUAAACUACUCUACUGACGGUGUGGGUGUGUGAGUGUGGGCACUGGGUUGAGAAUAACACACUCACACCCAAAUCGUCUUGAUCAACUGCCUUGCCCACAACACGUAUUCGUCGAUCGAAAUCAUUCAGUGUACGUGUCUGAUUCGGGAAAUGAUCAUAUGAUGAAAUGGAUGGAAGAUGUAAAAGAAAGGCAAUGUCAUGACUGGUAGUCAAGGAGAAAGAAAUGAUUUUACACAAUUAUCAUAUUCAAAAGGACUCGUUGUCGAUCAAUUGGACACUGUCUAUGUGCCUGAUACAAGGAAUGAUCAAAUCAUAGAUUGGCCCA